GUGAGGAAUGAAGAGUAAAGAUCAAGAUAAGAAUCAUCAACUUCAACUAUUUAAAGAUAGAUCAUAAAAUUAUUAGUGAUCAUGAAAUAACAUUUAAGUUUCUGGACUGGAGGGCAGCCUACAAUGGAGUCACAUGUAGAAACACAGGAAAAUAGAAGUCACGAGAAAAGUAUGAACUCUGAACUCAUUCAGGUUGAGGCAACAGACUUGUCAUUUGAUACAGUGCCUGAUUCUCUUGAGUUGAAAAAGAAAGUAAAUGAUAUUGAGGAAUUCCUUUUGCAAAACCCAUCACCUCCUUUGGGAAAACUGAAAAACUUUGCUCUCUCAGAAGGUGGAUUAGUUUGUGAUGAGGUACGCAGGAAAGUGUGGCCUCUACUGCUUUCACUCGAUCCUGAAAAAGCGGAGCCGGCCCCAGCCCUAGAGACUUUGAGGGCUCAUCCUGAAUAUCAGCAGGUGGUGUUGGAUGUGAACAGGUCGCUAAAGCGGUUCCCUCCCGGCAUCCCGUACAACCGACGAGUGGCGCUGCAGGAUCAGCUGACUACCUUGAUCCUACGAGUCAUCUCCAAGUACCCUCACCUACGAUACUACCAGGGAUACCAUGAUGUGGCUGUCACUUUCCUGCUGGUGGUGGGGGAAGAUGCAGCUUUUCAGAUCAUGGAACGUUUGUCCACGGAUCAUUUGAAGGACUGCAUGGAACCCACCAUGGAUCGAACCUCGUACUUGCUUAACUACAUCUUCCCACUGAUACACAGGCUACAUCCAGCGCUGUGCGAGUUCCUUGAUAGGUCUUGUGUGGGCACCAUGUUCUGUCUGCCUUGGUACCUUACCUGGUACAGUCACAGUCUAAACCGAUACAGAGACGUGGUCAGACUGUACGACUACUUCCUAGCGUCCCCCCCACUACUGCCACUCUACCUAGUGGCUGCAAUCGUAGCUCAUCGCCAAGAUGAACUGUUCUCUGUAGACUGUGAUAUGGCCACCGUGCACUGCCUUCUGUCUAACCUGUCAGAUGAUUUGCCGUUUGAGAAGCUGUUGAGCCAAGCCACUGACUUGUAUGACAAGUUUCCUCCAGAGAGUAUAGAGCCUGAGGUCAAAGAAAGAUGUCAGUUGGAAGCCCAGAAACGUCAGCAGGAGGAGGCUGAGAGGAAGGCGCUGGUGAGGCGGAGGGGUAGAGGUAGGGGCGACACAUCGUGGGUGAGGCGACUGUGGGCCUGGCAGCCGCCCGUACACAUACCUAACUACAAGAUGCUGAUACUCACUGCAAGUGUGGCGUUCGGCUUCUACGCCUACCUCAAGGCUGGUCCUGACGCAAUAGACUUCACACCCAGGUAGCCUUCGCCCCUGUCCCAAGACUCCACCGAGCAGCCUUUGCAACGUCCUGUCUGUGAUCACUGUAGUUCUUACAUUAGAUGUUGGUUCUACUUUUUGUGUUGGUAAAGAUGUAAUAGCUGCAAAUUUUCCGCCUCAUAUGCUCUUUUGUUUAUAUUUGUCUCAUAUAAUGGAAGCUUCACACUGUUGAAUAGUUAAUUUUUAAAUUUAUUGCCCGUCUUUAUUCAAAGACACUGAUUUGUUUAUAGUGGCAUCAAGUAAAAUAAAUUUUCGGUAGUGGUAAUAAAACUAUCAGUCACAGUUGGUUGUAUAAAAUUGUCGAGUUUAAUUUUAUUUUGAGGUUUUCGAUCGCCAGCAAGUAUCUUAAUUGUUUGGAUAUUUGUUUCAUAAGUAACCUAUUUUUUUUUAUAAGCCUCUAGUUUGGACUUUAUAAGAAGUUGUAUUGAAUAUUGUUACAUCACUACGGUAGAUUCCUGACUAUCCACAAUAUAUUCUAUGAUAAUCAGUGGCCGAGUGAUCGUCAAUAACACAAACACACCCUAAAAUGCCCGAGAAAUAACUAACAUUGACUUUAAAUGUAGGGUUAAGCUUCAAUUCUUGUUUAGGCAUUGAUAAAACGUUUUUGCAGAGUAGAUAUAUAUUUUAACUAUGCUAAACACUUCUGUUUUAAAAACAAAUUGGAGCACCUAUAUAUAGACCUAAAUUAAAUAACUACAAAAACACACAUGAAAUGUAACUUAUUAAAACAUUGGUUGUAAUCUAGGACUCAUCGGCGGUCGGUUGAAUAAACAAUGGCAACUGUAUAGUAGUGUCUGCGAGAUGAUGGGCCUCCUGAAGAUAAACAUCUUGGUCACUGUAUUACUUACUUCCAUAAUAUAUAUUUUAUUUGCGAUAUUGGUUGCUUUGCAGCCUUGUUCAUAUUUUUAAUUGAAAUGUUGAUGAUGCUAAGGUAGAUAUUUGAAGCCAAGUAUGAAUGGAGAUGAGUGGCACGAUCUUGUAGUCUUGUUACUGACUAAGGACGACAUAUUUCUUAUAUAGACAAGACUGUUAAUUAAUAGCCCAUAAAGCCAAUGGCAACAAAGAGACCUACAGUUUAUAGUGGAAUCCGAACCACAUUUUGCCUUGUAAUUUACGAUUUGGUCUAACUAUUAGGAUAAUACUGCGGAUGGUCGUAAUACUCACUAGUACGGACGUUAAUACAUACCCGGGAGUAUCACAUUCAAAGAUCAUGCCUGUAAUUAUCCAAAAUUCUUGGCCUCCAGCUGGAUUACAGGACGAUAUAUGGUGUUGCCAAAUUUUUGUAUUGGAUGUUAAUAUAUCUGUGUAGUUUGUUUCUAUGUGAUCUUCAGUCUCUUUGCCGAUCGUAUGGGAUUAAUUCACUUUUGGAUAAUUUGGAGUCUACUGUAUUUAAGAUGGGAACAAAACAAAAUAUGGGGUAUUUUAACCCAAAGAUGAGUGUAGAAAGAGAUGCUUUACGCAGCUUUGUUGCCAAGACCAGCUGUUUCUUUAGUCAGAACCAUUUAGUUUUUUGUCAAACCCUUUACAUUUUUUGAUUCUGAUGGUCCAACCGAAAGUCUAAAUCUGUCGCUAUUUACUUUACGUACGAGGUACGAGUGAAUCAUCUGUCAAGCAGGGUUUUGUACUGUUUUGUGUUUUAUAUUCCUUGUUUAUGUUUUUGAAAUUGUUGUGAUCACAUAAUCAACCCUAAACUGAUGUCUUACUUAUACAUACAGUAUUUUAAUUUAAAGUUAUAUAGCAUCCUGGCAUGCUUCGGGUAUUGUUGAAAAAGAGAUUGUCUUGUAAUUAAGUGCUUUCAUAUGAUACCAAAAAUUUAUUGUAAACAUAGUUUAAUAACCUAAAAUGGAUGAAAAUAAAUUAAGUUAAACAUUUGAAACCUUUUCGCAAUUCUGUAAUGAUAUUGUUUAGAAUUUGAUCACCUCCUUUUUAAAUGUUUUUAAAAGUGAAAAUUAUUAAUAAUUUCUUCUUGUAGAAUUAAUUUAAUUCAAAACAACUUUCUAAGCUCAAAAACAAAAAUGUUAUCCUCAGCUUAAUCUGAAUUAAAAAAAUAUUCAUUUCAUAUUUUAACUACUUAUUUCCUGAAAACAUGUUAAUAAUUAUACAUGUAGAUAUCAGGAAAUGUAAUUCACAUAAUUUUUGCUAUCAUAGAAUUUGUUUGUAGUCUGAAUGUAAUUAAGUAUUGAAUGUUACAGCUUGUAAAUAUAAAAAAUAUGAGUAUUUUACCACACUGAAGUGCUCAAUCUGAAGUGUAUUUAUAUAUAAAACAUAACCUCAAAUUUCCGGCCAGUAGUCUAAAAUAGAUUGUGUUUUUACCAUGCUUUUUGGUUUAAAAUGACUUUCUACAUUAAGUAAGAUUACAUUUUUUUUCUAAUUCUGAUGCUGUGUAUCAGGCUUUAUCGUUUACUUCUAGAUAUGUUUGUGUUGGAAUGAAUAGAUGGUAAAAUUUUAAUGUGUUAAUUGUUUUUUUUUUAUAAAGAAUCGAUAGGUGUAGAUUAGAUAUUUUGUUAUCAACUUAUUGUGUAUUAAGUUUUAUUUUGUACUAUGGGGACCUUUCUUCUGUUAAAGCUAAGUUGCUUUUUCAAUGCCAGUUUUGAUUAUAUGGUAACAUCCCUUAGAAUUGUGAAAUGUGGGAGUGGCACGUCCCUUAGGGUCCCGUUUGGGGGCGGCACAUGCCCCAAAACAAUAAACAUGUGUAAUUACUUAAACUUGAAAUAAUAUCAGCCAAACAGA